AUGGGUGAGCUUGUAAAUGCUGCAAGAACAUUAGGUGAAACAGGAAAUUUUGUAGAUGGUUUUAAAAGACUUGUUUCAAAUGUUUUAACAAACACAAAGAAAUUAUUUAGAUAUACCGUACAUAACGGACGGAUUUUCGAACAGAUUGCAACAAACCCUCCGGUUAUGGCUGCGUUGAUGAUGGUUAGAGAUAUAAAACCACGUAACGACGGGAACGAAGAACAUGAACAACAGGAUACUGGUCGGGUUAUUCGAGACAUUAAAAACGUGUAUGAUUCAAUUUCAAAACAUUCUAUAACCCUCGAUGAAGAGAAUAAAUUAACAGAUUAUAUAUUCGUCAUUAUUGCAGAAUUAAUGAAGAGAAUAAAUGAAAAAGGAAUUGGUGAUAUCAUUAAUGUCAGCGAUGUAAUGAUGAAAAGAAAUUUUGACUCAUUAUUUACAAAACCGAAAACAGAAUAUAGUCUUUAUGACGUAAUUACCGAAUUAAUGAAAAAGAUUAAUGAUAAUAAGAGUUCUGGCGGAAGAGUUGAAUUAGAAGUGAAUGAGAUAGAAGAGAAAUUAGAUAGUAAGGCAGAUAAAAACCAUGUUCAUUAUAUAACUUCAGACGAACAGAUUAUAACGGACUACCAUGGAUAUUUAACACGAAGUGAUGAAGUGAAGACGGAAGAUGUUAAUGAAAGAAGAUAUAAAUACAUUCGUGCUAAAGGUUAUGACAUAAGCUGUACUGUACAGUAUGACACAGGUAAAGCACCAGAAGCAUUUGGUUAUAACGAUGAAAUUUAUGCUUCUAGUUUCUCUGUUAACGGUGUAUUAGUUGAACCAAGAUUUACUUUGAGAGUUAAGACAAAAAUAACCGUUGAAGAUGCUAUUAAAAGUAAAGCUGACAAAGAUGAACUUGACGCAACGAACAAAGUUUUGAAAUCUCAUAAACACAAUAUCUCCGAUAUAAAUGAACUUCAAGCUACAUUAGACAGUAAAGCUGACAAAAACCAUACACAUGAAUCCUUCACUACUGUUAGAGCAGACGACAUAAUAUUGAACUUUGACCUUGGUUCAAGUGCACCUUUAGAGAAUCCAAGCACUAGUGUAAAAGACACGCUUAACAGUUUAGAUAACAGUUGCAGGAACAUUGAAGGUCAUGCCAGAAACUUUGAAGCACAUGAACUACCAGCAAUGUUAGAUAAGAAAGCAGACAAAAACCAUACACAUAACUCCUUCUCAACUGUUGCUAUAGAAAGUAUUGAAGGAACGGUUGGCGGAACUGGUGGGAAUGCAUUAUAUUGUAAACCUCCUAACUUUCCACAAGGUUUAACAUCGAAUGAAAACAUAACAACGAAGAAAGAAAUUAGCUGUAAAAAUGUUUAUGUCAUGGAUGAUGAAAAUAAUGUUAAAUUCACUGCUCAAGAUUUAUAUGAUAAUAAAGCUGACAAGAACCAUACACAUAAAUCCUUCACUACUGUUAGAGCAGACGACAUAAUAUUGAACUUUGACCUUGGUUCAAGUGCACCUUUAGAAAAUCCAAGUACAAGCGUAAAAGAUACUCUUAACAGUUUAGAUAACAGUUGCAGGAAUAUCGAAGAUCAUGCCAGAAACUUUGAAGCACAUGAACUACCAACAAUGUUAGAUAAGAAAGCUGACAAAACAGAGCUUCAAACAUUAAAGACUGAAAUACUUCAAACAUUAUAUCCUAUAGGCUCUAUUUAUACGUCAAUGAACUCAACAAAUCCAGCAAAUGUUUUAGGUUUUGGUACGUGGGAACAGAUUGUAGAUAAAUUCCUCUAUUGUGCGAACUCUUCAAAGCAAACAGGUGGUUCGAAGAAAAUUAAAGAAGCAAACCUUCCACCGCACACUCAUACAGGAACUACAAACUUUUCUGGUGACCAUAGUCACUCAUUAAGAGACCAUCCAUUAUACAACUCAGAAUAUUAUGCUGGCAAUGACGUUUUAUCUCCAGAUUAUAACCAUGCAGCAAAAAAGAUUUUUCGACCAACUGAACCAGGAGGAAAUCAUUCACACACUUUCACAACAAAUUCAACAGGCUCGGGUGAAGAUUAUAUGCCACCAUUUGUGACUGUAUUCGCAUGGUACCGCGUUCAAUGA